AUGCAAUCCCCGAAAAUGAAGGUGUUAGAGAUUCGUUUUCAUAACGCUAGUGCACUCUUGACAGUUCGGAGAAACAGGAAACAGCAUACAGAAUAUCUUGCUUUCUCGGUAUCGUAA